AUGAGCGCCUCUCGAUAUAUCACGCUGCUCGUCGUUGGGACAAUCAGCGUUUACUGUUUGUGGAGGACGGGCUCGUUCUCCUGGCGAACAUCUGCGGUGCACGCGAAGGCGUCCAUACAGUUCGACCUCUCCAUUCCGGUCUCUCCCUCGGUGCCUUAUCGGUUUUCCAACAGGACCAAUAGAAGAAUCAUCGACAGGAGGCAUCGCGGAGUGGUGUCCAGAUACAUGCUGGAGCUGUACCAUCGGAGAUCGGACGUGGACAUAGUCAGAGCUCUCCGUCCGAUCCAGGUGUCCAUUCCAACCAGCGACGGUGCCAGGAUUCUAGUGUUCUCCGUGCCUCCGGCUGAACCUGACGAGGUCCUGGAAGCGGCCGAACUGCUAGGAGUCGCUGGAGCGAUCCUCCGAGUGCGACUGGACCGAAUGAACAAACCUCUGAGUUGCAAGUCGAGACGAGACGACAGCUGGAGAGCGUUCAACGUCACUUCCGGCGUGGCCACGAGGGAUGGAAAGAUGGUGAAGCUCCGUGUGUACGGGAGGGUGGGAUACCGUCCGUGCGGAGAUAGUCCUAUUUUAUUGCUGAGCUACAGCAAGACGAAGAGAAACCGUCCGCGGCGUUCCGUUCCGGAGGAGGACCAGGUGGAGGAGGAUGGUUCUCGCAGGAGACGCAGGAACUCGUGCAGACGGAGGUCUUUGUACGUGGACUUCUCGCUGAUCGCGUACGACGAGUGGAUCGUCGCACCACCUGGCUACGAAGCUUAUCAGUGCGCUGGCAAGUGUUUCUAUCCGUUUGGGGACCACCUGAGUCCAACUAAACACGCGAUCGUCCAGACGCUGGUGCAUGGGGCACUUCAGGGGGUUGAAAGUGCCGGGAAACCGGUUGGAAGGGCCUGCUGCGUCCCGACCAUGCUCGCGCCUACGAGUCUUCUGUAUCUGGACUCCAGUGGGACCCUGACUUAUCAGUAUGGGUACGAGGACAUGGUUGUCAAAGAGUGUGGGUGUCGUUGA